GUUGGCCAAAAACCUGCAGAAGAACAGCACGGAGCUUUUAGGGGCCAUGUCAGCGUUUCUUCACAGUCGAUUUCAGGGGCGCCCACAUCCGCUGCUCCUCCAUCGCAGUGCGGACGCCACCUUCGCGCUCAUGCGAAGCCUCUGGCUCGACGGCCAGAACCUCGCGGACUACGGAGCAGAACUCGAAGAGAAAGUGGAGAAGGCAUCGGACGCAGGGGGGCUCCCCGACCUGCUAAUGAAGGCCUCCGUUGACGAAUCCUGGGUCUCACAGUUGCAGAGCAGUGCGGUCGGCCUUCCAUGGCUUCCGGACAUUCCCGCCUCCAGCGCCAUGUUCGACGGUGCAACACAGGAGGAGCUGUGGCAGCUCGCCGCGCAGCUUGCAGAAGGCGAGCCCCUGGGUGCCGAGGAGGACUUAGUGCUGUCGCCCUUUGCCGUCCUCUCGGCUGCUGCCCAUGACGAGGAUGGUAAGGUGCACUGGGAGACCACGCCCAUGGCGAGUCACUGGUAUUUUGGACCGCUGGUUGCCAAGCUGUCCGCUCUUCUUGCCAAGCCUCCGUUUGAUGGUCUUGGUGGGACGAGGCUGGGCGAGGCCAUCGUAGAAGGACGUGCGACAUCCAUUUGCAGCGCUGCUGUGGAGAGGGCGCUGUCCAUUGCUCGGGGGCGAGCCCGCCACCACGCUUGGCUAUCUUUGUGUCCAAUUUCGGGGGAUGUACGAGACUUGUGGAAAUGGCCGUUCUCGCUGGUGGCAGGGAUUGCGUCCCGGCUGUCCCCUCAAGUGCAGAAAGGCGCACAACGCACAAGGACGCACCUACAGAAUAUCUGGCAAGAUGCGAUUGCGCGGGGGUUUCCUCAUGCAGCUCGCAAUCUCCACGCAGCCGGCAUGCUCCGCAAUGACACGGAGCGACCAAUCAUUGCAGUCUGGCCGAUCCGGUAUGGCGGGGCGCCCGGAACGAUGAUGCAAGAUCCUCACUUGCUACAUCUCUGGGGAGGACAUGGCCGUCAAACCGAAACAUCAUUUGGGUCGGCUUGGGCGUCCCUGUUGGUGAUGGACGUCGUGAAUCUAAAAUGCCAAGGUCAAUGGGCCCGUGUUGCACAAGCUUUGGGAGGGCCCAAGGUGCUGACAACCGCCAGCUGCAUCCAAAGUGUUGCAGCCGUGCACACGGCAAUCGCGGAGGCGCCUCCAGCGCUGCUCCUAGUCGGGCGUGCAGACGUUUCUGUUCAAGUUGACGACGCCAGUUUUUUGGCAUCCAUGUCCAAAGCUUGGCGCGAUUUGGCUUUGCAAGCUCCUGCGGCAGCUUCGCCGCAGCCGGUUGCCAUGGCGGCAUUUGGCUCAUGGUGGCCAGCUGUGCGACUCUUGUGGGCCGAGGCUGGUGCGCUCAUCGCCUGCGAGUUCGCGUCCGGUACUGAAAGCUGCCUCUGGGCUGCCAUUGCGCGAUCUGCGGCUGAGCUCCGCCCAUGGGAGGACUUUGUCGGAUCGGAUUCCGUACCCUUGAUGAGUGCAACGAUGCUUUUGGCAUGGCUGGCCAAAGAGCAAGUCAUCUACUGCGAAGAUUGGGAGGACGAGCAGACUGGCAAGCCUAGCUGCGCCUGCGGGCCGCCAGUUCCUGCGGAUGGCUCGUCGUCCGACAUCCUGAAUGGCCGGCUGAUGCCAGCGGCGCCCAAAGCGGCCCGAGAUCUCCUGCAAGUGCUGGCCGAGAUCAUCUUGGCAGGUGACCCGGCGAACGCUCAGAGGUUUUACACCGUGGUAAUGGCAAACGAGGACUGGCAGGUCCUCUACGGCUGCGUCUCGCAAGUUGCUGACCCCCAGCGUUACUUGAUCCUGGACCGGGGCAACUUGGAGUUGCCUGAGGAGGCCCAAGAUUGUGGUUAUGGCUACCGGUUCGUAGGUCAUCUUCGUCAUGCCAACUUCAAUUCCGAGGCAGAUACGUUGGAGCCUCUUCCGGCCGACGAGUUGUUCAACAGCGUGGACCGGAGCAGCUUUGCGGUGAGCGGCGGUGCGAAGGAGCUGAAGACCGCCAACGGGGACCAGAGCUUGGUGAUCCGCGAGGAGGAGGAAGGGACCAGCUUCGUUGAGAGCGCAGCGGGGCAAAUCUCCGAAGCCCUGGAGACCUUCGACGGCGCGGUGUCGCAGGGGCUGAGUGCUCCAGAUCGCAUUUAUGUCGUCUUGGCAGAAGAGGCCCAGCCAGCGCCGAAGAGGGUCGACUGA